AUGGGUAAGAGUCCAGUCGAGGAGGAAGGAAAUGGGAAAUCAAUCAUUACAAGUGCGCCACAAAACUAUGAUGUGUUUAUUAAUGACGCUGGCAAGGAGGGCAAAAACUCCUUUGGGUUCGUUUUAUAUCAGAAGCUUCUCCUCAUGGGACUGCGAGUGUAUUUUGACACAGAAGAGGAGCUACAUCAUUGGGAUUCUUUACCAAUUACAAAACAAGAUGCUAUGCGCAGUUCGUCUGCUCAUAUUGCUAUUUUUUCCAGGAAGUAUGCCGAAUGUCCUCGAUGCCUCACGGAGCUGUCCUUCAUGUUAGCAAUUGGUGCCAAAAUUGUUCCUGUCUUCUAUGGCGUUUCACCUGCAGACGUGAGGUGGGCGAGGAGAAAAGAAGGGAUGUAUGCACAGGCUUUUGCGGAUUUUUACAGCGUGAGCACAUACCAACCCAAAGAGAUUGAAGGAUGGAUAAGAGCUCUCAACCAUGUUGCAAAUAUGAAGAACAGAAUCAUUUUUGAUGGUGAUGCGGAGAAAAUGUUGAUGAAUAUUGUGGGAAGAGUGAAGGAGAUCGUUUCACUAGAGGUGGGUAAGCAUUGCGUUGGACUCGAUGAAGCAGUUGAGAAUUUUGAGAAAGUUACGAUUCAAUCUUCAUCAGAAGAUGUGAAAAUUGUCGGGAUUGUGGGCAUGGGUGGCUGCGGUAAGACAACGCUCGCGAAAGAAUUAUACAACAGAAAAAGAUGGGACUUUGAUAGCUCGAGUUUUCUUUCUUCUGUGGGAGAAACUGCAAAUGAAAGUGAAUUCCGUAAGUUGCAGAGAAAGUUGGCGGAAGACCUGGCGCGUGAUAUCGAAGAUUUCAGACUGCAAAAUGUAGGUCAGCAAAAGGAAAAAAUUUCUCAUCCUCUGAGAUCCAAACGCCUUCUCAUUGUUCUAGAUGGCAUCGAACAUGUGGACCAAGUAAAUUCCCUGUUGCCUACGAAGGAGAGCAUUGGAUCAGGAAGUUUGAUUAUAAUCACAACACGGGACAUUUCUAUCACUAAAUGUUGUGGCAUAUCCUCCAUUUAUGAAAUGGAAAAGCUCGAUCGGUCGCAUGCCAAACAGCUUUUCUGUUUGCAUGCUUUCUCUCAACCACGUUCAGCCACUGAAUUUGAAGAUCUGGUUGAACGCUUCUUAGAGAAUAGCGAUCUGACACCUCUUCCUCUAGUGCGUUUAGCAGAACAACUUUGUGGCAAGUCCAGGGAUUACUGGGAAUCUCAUUUGCUUGACAUAUCCAGUGAUUUGGAUGAGCAUAUCAAAGAGGAGCUAUUGUCAAGGUUUCACGCACUUGAAACAGAAGAACAAGAGCUAUUGUUCGAUAUAUCUUUCUUCUUCUAUGGAGAGAAGUUGAGUCUAGCAAUCCCAAUAUGGGAUGCUUCGGAGAGGAACAGUCAGCACCUUGUACAAACAUUGCAGAAUAAUUUAAUUGUCGAGCUUGACCAUGAAAACCGCAUCAGAAUGAAUCGGCACCUCAUAAAUCUUGGGAAAGAAUUAGCAGGCCAAAGGAAGCCUUGCCGUUUUUCUCUUCCGGGGAUUGUACAGAAUCAACAGGCGGAUUACUCUGCAUCUCAAAUCCAGAAGAACUUGGGUUUAUCGGUAACGGACGCCCGACAAAUUCCUAGGGUACUUGUGCUUAAAGGGGAGUUCUCCAAUAGAGUGCGCUGGAAUGAGACAACAGACCUACUAUGGCUUCGCUGGUAUGAUUGUCCACACACAACAAUCCCGCCCGCAAUCUCGCUACAAAAGCUCAUAGUUCUCCAGCUUUUUAAUGGGGCUUUUAACAAUAUAUGGCUUCAUAAUGCAGAGCAACCGACCCAGUUGAGAGAGUUGAAUAUAUCAGGUAGCAUUAGGAAGCUUCCAAAAUCAAUAGGACAGCUUCAAUAUCUUCAAACAAUCGUAGUAGAUGGUUGGCCGGACACUAAUUUGAAGGGUCUACCAGAAGAGCUUUGUCAGCUAAAAUCUCUGAGUCAUCUUACACUUCGUUGGUGCAGGGCACUGACAUUGUUACCCAAAGACAUUGGUAAUCUAAUAAACUUGCAGCAUUUAGACCUUUCCUUUUGCAGCCAAUUAAAGGAGUUGCCUCAGUCUUUCAAGGAAUUGGUGCUUCUCCAACAUUUGGAUUUGCAAGGUUGUGGCAACUUAGGGAUUUCACCUCAUUUUCUUGGCAAGAUUACAAGCCUGAAGCACCUGAAUUUUAAAGAUUGUAGAAAGCUUAGGGUUUUGCCCGCUAACCUUGCAUCUCAGGUGUCUUUAAGGAGCUUAUGUUUGGAAGGUACAACUUUGCAAGAACUACCAAACGAAGUGGGGAGGUUAACUAACUUGGAAGUUCUGGAAAUAGGAAGCCCUUAUCUUAGGAUAUUGCCUCUUUCAAUAGGUAAUAUGAGGAACCUUAAAAAAUUGAAUCUGGAAGGUUGUACAAACCUUACAUCUUUACCCAACACUUUGGGGGUUUUAAGACAGUUAUCUGUAAAUAAGCCACGGGUUAUGAAGGAAACUGUAAAAGAGAACACUGUAUGA